UGACCGUACAACAGCUUCUAUUUUCUCUCUCUAAAAUCUAACCAACCCUACUUUCUCUCUCCAAAAUCGCGCUUUAUCUGCAAUUUAGGGUUAUGUCCACAGUCCACCCGAAUGGCAUACAAUGGACUCCCUCCUUCAAAACCCUAGGAUCUCUCGCGAUUUAAAUUCGUACGUAAACACAUACAUUUAGAUAUUUGUUUGGAUGGACGGAGGGAAUAAAGUUGGUGGCGGAGGCAGGGAUGCGUCGACGAGUGGCAGUGGAGGGUCUCAAGGGGUACCGGCGACGCCGACGCCGAUUGGGAGCGCCAAUGCUCCACCGCCUUUUCUGAGUAAGACUUAUGACAUGGUAGAUGACCCUGCGACAGACUCGAUAGUGUCAUGGAGCCCUACCAAUAACAGCUUCGUGGUGUGGAAUCCGCCCGAGUUCGCCCGGGACCUCCUUCCCAAGUACUUCAAACAUAACAACUUCUCCAGCUUUGUCCGCCAGCUCAACACUUACGGGUUUCGGAAGGUUGAUCCUGAUCGCUGGGAAUUUGCAAAUGAGGGAUUUUUGAGAGGUCAAAAACACCUGCUUAGGAGUAUAAGUCGGCGAAAACCUACACAUGGACAUGGCAAUCAACAGCAACCGCAAUCACAUGGACAGAACUCUUCUGUUGGUGCCUUUGUUGAGGUUGGGAAAUUUGGGAUUGAGGAAGAGGUAGAGAGGCUUAAGAGGGAUAAGAAUGUGCUUAUGCAGGAGCUUGUUCGAUUGAGGCAGCAGCAGCAGGCUACCGAUGUCCAGCUGCAAACCAUGGUUCAACGUUUUCAGGGAAUGGAGCAGCGACAACAACAGAUGAUGUCAUUUCUGGCAAAGGCCGUGCAGAGUCCUGGCUUCUUGGCGCAGUUUGUACAGCAGCAAAAUGAAAGUAAUAGGCGUGUAACUGAAGGCAACAAAAAACGAAGGCUCAAGCAGGAUGGCCUUGCUGAGAGUGAGCACUCUGCUGCUGAUGGACAAAUUGUUAAGUAUCAACCUUCAAUGAGUGAGGCGGCGAAAGCAAUGCUCAGGCAGCUCAUGAAAGUUGAUUCUUCUUCCAGGCUGGAAUCGUACAACAACAAUAUUGAUGACUUCAUGAUUGUGGACGGUUCAUCAUCAUCCAGUGGUGUAGACUGUGGGAGCUCUUCAAAUCGUGUGUCUGGAGUGACUCUGCAGGAGGUGCCUCCAACCUCGGGCCAAGCAUCAUAUAUGCCAUCUUUUACUGGAAUCUCAGGGCAGGACCCAACAGCUGCCAUAUCUGAAAUACAAUCUUCUCCACAAGCUGUGACUUCUGAGAAGGUUGCAACAUCUCGGUUGCCCGAUGUGGGCGUGCUGGUUGGAACACAAGGUGCGCCUUCCUCGAUUCCCCAGACAGAUGUAAUCAUGCCUGAGCUCUCUCAAAUACCAGAAAUGGUACCAGAGAGUAUGGUAGAUAUUCCUGGGGAAAGUUACAUGGGACCUGGGACUGACAAUUCUGGAUUUUUGGAGCCGUCUUCGCUGGGAGAGAAUGAAAUUGAUGGCAUUAGUUUCGAUCCAGAUAUUGAUGCCUUACUGGAGAGUUCUGGCUUCUGGGACGACUUUUUGCGUAGCCCUAUACCUGAGGACAUUGAAGCAAUCUCGUUUGAUGGUAAAACCAAUGGAAAUGAUGUGCAGCCAAAGAAGAAUGUAUGGGACAAAUCUCAGCAUAUGGAUCAGCUUACGGAACAAAUGGGGAUGCUCACUCCAGACACCAAAAAGGCUUGAUUUUAUUUCUGAUAUGUACAUUUAGAUUGGAUCAGCGGAGGUAAACCCUUGAUAUAGAUUGAUAACCUCUUGAGUGGAUGGUCCUCUUUUGCGGCUAUGUGAGAAGCAGCUCAUGCCUUAUGUAUCUGUUCGCCCUGGCUCUUUCUUGCACAACUGCAAACCCAAAUUGAGGUUCUGUUUUCUAAUUUUUAGAUUUUGAUUUCCCACCUUAUAUUGGGUAUUCGAAAGAACUCAGCAGGCAUAGCAGUGUUAAAAGGCUAUAGCUUUGGUUUCUAAUCCUUUUGUUGAGGUUGAUGUCGUGCUUAUAGGACUUGUCUUUGUUUGAGGAUGACUAUUCUCUCAUAAUGGAUGCCUUUACUUGUGUUUUUACA